CGACAACACCGACCCCCGCCCCCCUGGACGACGACACGAGUUGCUAAGAAUAGCCGAGAAUGAAAACCCACCUUAAACUUAUUGCAAGAGUUUUGACGCCAACGCCGGUGUCAAUAUUAUUUUUGUAUUAAAUAUAUGGAAUAAAAAUUCAUUAAUUCUGCUCCGCAUUCCUGAAGUGAAAUUCGUCAUUCUAAGCGACCAUGGAUAUCCGCCCGAAUAACACGAUCUACAUAAACAAUUUAAAUGAAAAGAUCAAGAAAGAUGAAUUGAAGAAAUCUCUUUAUGCAAUAUUCUCACAAUUCGGACAAAUAAUGGACAUUGUUGCUAUGAAGACCUUGAAAAUGCGUGGACAGGCUUUCGUGAUAUUCAAGGAGAUAGCAAGUGCGACGAAUGCGUUGAGAUCCAUGCAGGGGUUUCCAUUCUAUGAUAAGCCAAUGAGAAUACAAUACGCAAAAAGCGAUAGUGACGUAGUGGCAAAAAUGAAGGGUACCUACGCAGAAAGACCGAAGAAGCCCAAGAGAGUGCCAGCUCCAGCUGACGAAGAAGCAAAACGAGCCAAAAAACGCGCCAAAGAUCAGAAGCACGUACAAACUACAGGUUAUCAACCCGGUGUCCAACAGCACCCAGGAUUGAUGAAUGCUGCAGUGCCAGAACAACCUCCAAACCAAAUCCUCUUUCUCACCAAUCUACCGGACGAAACAAGUGAAAUGAUGUUGUCGAUGUUGUUCAAUCAAUUUCCCGGCUUCAAAGAGGUUCGACUUGUUCCAAAUCGACAUGACAUCGCCUUCGUGGAGUUCGAGAUGAAGUACAAUCAGGAGCAGCUAAAGAUGCUCUUCAAGGAUUCAAAAUUACACCUUCGCAUGCUAUGAAAAUAUCAUUUGCUAAAAAAUAAUUGGUCUUUUAAAUUUUCUUUCAAUUCUACGCGGAUUGUCUCGCAUCGGGACAGAAUAGUAUUUUUUUCAUUGUCUAUUUCUAUUUACAUUUUCAUCAAUUGCCUAAAUUCAUAAAAAUGUGUUAAUGUAAAUAAUUUUAAAUAAACGAGUAUGGGAGUAAUUGUAUUUCCACAAUUGAGCUGAACCAACCAGUGUUCAAAUCCGUGCAGUGAUCGAACUAAUUUACACAUUUAUCAUUGAAUAAUGCAAUGGAACGGAACUGUUAUCUUCUUUAAAAACUAAUAUGAUAUUCAUCAAUUGAAAGCCAAUCCUAUUUGAUCACUGGUAUACGACUACUCUUACUCGUUCAAACACUGGACAGUUCACCCUAUUAGAAUUCAUGGGAAUUUAUUGUACAUCUUGAGCUCUGAAAUAAAUUCGAAUAAUGAUAUGUCAA